AUGGAGAACUACCACAAGAGAGCCAAGACAUCCAAACCAAAGUUCGAGGACGACAUUCAAGAUGCCACCACAGCGUCCAAGAAGCAUCAGCAGCAACAGAAGCAGACGACGCAACAACACAACCGGCCACAGCAACACGGUGUCAUGGCCAUCACCCCCAACGGAAAAAUUCGUACUUACGUCUCUCGCGCCCUCGAGGUCUUGACCGAGGCCGACUCUACACCAGUUGUUGCAGCUGCUGGAGCAGGAUCAGUAGAAGGAACAGAAGGAGCAGAGAGCAAACGUUCUGAUAACAAAGGCGGCGCAGCAACAUCACACAGCAUACCAUCAAUAUCGUCAUCAAAACACCCAACACCACGAGGAGUCCUGACACUCAAAGCACAAGGCAAAUCAAUCACAAAGGCCGUAACCGUCGCGGAGAUCCUCAAACGCAGGAUGGAAGGUGUCCUCCACCAGUUCACAGAAAUCGGCCAGGUCACAGAACGAGAGAUCUGGGACCCAAACCCAGACCAACCAAACCUCGACCCUAUCACUGUCUCAAAACAUCGUCCCACCAUUCGCAUCCGCCUCUCUAAACAUCUUGACGAGACAACGACAGGAUCAACAGGAUCUGGAGAUGGGAUUGAUAUGACCAUGCCUGGAGCAAAUAUCCCAAGAGAGGAACACGCGGAUGAGGAAGAGAGCGAUGAGGAUGAUGAUGAGGAUGGUCAGGCAGAAACUUGGCCUGGCGCAAUUUUGGACCGGGACGCCGCAGCAAGGCGAUUUGUUGGCUAUCAAGCACCAACAGGGAACGACAUCUACCUUUAA